UUUGGAGCCUCCCAAGGCACUUUCCUGAUUCUAGCAAAUUUUGGGCUGUUAUGUCAUCAUUUCUCAGUUAUGAAGUGUGCAUUCUGUUUCCAGGAAAUCUCCACCCUCCCACUCAAUCGGCCUAUAUAAUGUUUGAAGUGUUUCCUUUCGGCAUGGAGCUAGGAAGGUGCACAAACUACUCCAACCUACUUCUCCUCUUGCCUGAGUCCAAGAGCAAAGAUGAAGAGCUCCCUGGCUGCUUUCUCCGUCUUCCUGGUUGCUGCUAUGUUUUUAUCCCAAGCUCAGGCUCAGUUUGACCCAAAACUCUGUUGUUUUGACUACAUAAACAGACCUGUACCACGGAAGAAUCUGAGGUCCUAUGAACACUCAAAUGUCAAGUGUUCCAUGCCAGCUAUCAUAUUUAUCACACAUAGGAACGUACGGAUCUGUGCAGAUCCCAGUGCACCAUGGGUCCAGGAUCGUAUAAAUUAUUUAUCCCCAAACUGACCACCUCCUACCUCCUCCAUCUCCACCAGAAGAAGCCCCAAGAAAGAAGCCAAGGCUUUUGGAUGCUCUGGAUGUGAAACAAGAACACACUUGACUCUUAUCCUGACCUCGCACACUCCUAACUUAAAUGUUUCAUUGAUGGAAGAUGAAAUAAUGUAUUCUAUUUAAAUUAUGGCCAAAUAUUUUAUGUAUUUUAUAUUAUUAUUUUCGAAAAGGAAGUUCAAUUGCCUAAGGAUUCUGUGAAAUAUUUGUUAGAGAUCUUAUGUGUGAAUAAAUCUCAAGGUGAUGGAAUC